AUGGACCAGGAGGACAAGUCGAAGGAGGCCGGCAGCAAGUACCGCGGCGUGCGGAGGCGGCCGUGGGGCAAGUUCGCGGCGGAGAUCCGGGACCCCGAGCGCGGCGGCUCCCGCGUCUGGCUCGGCACCUUCGACACCGCCGAGGAGGCCGCGCGGGCGUACGACCGCGCCGCAUUCGCCAUGAAGGGCGCCGUCGCCGUGCUCAACUUCCCCGGGGAGGCCGGCCGGACCCGGACGAGCAGCGCCGGCUCCUCCUCCUCCGCCGCCGCCACACCACGGCCAGCUCCGGCGACGGCUACGGACAAGGUGGAGCUGGUGUACCUCGACGACAAGGUCCUCGACGACCUCCUCGCGGAGGACUACAGCUACCACAACAAGAACUACUGA